GUGCUUCACUUCCCCAGAUGUUCUCCAGAGGUUCCCACCGUCUGUCAUCCCCCCGGCACUAAACCAGUCCAGCUGAGCUGCUGCGGGAAUGGUGGCAGCCCUGCUCACAGUCCAUCGUGGCUUGCUGCCGGGUGGGUGAUGGUUUGCCCUUCAGAGGAGCUUAGCCUGAAGGUGCCUUUCAUCUGGUGACUCCUGUCAGCUGCCCCAAAAGACUUGGACCACAGGGACCCGGGUUCCCAGUGCCACCGGACCCCUGUGCCAGGCUCAGCCUGCUGCUGACGGGCUCCAUCAAUAAUCUGUGUGCCUGUGGCCUCUUUCCUGCUUGAGGAAACCCUGGGUCCCUUAGAAGCAUUUAUUCCUGAAAUAAGGCUGGGGGACCCUUCCUUCUCUCUUCUCCAAAGCCCUUCUCACUGGAGGGUCAGGUAGGAGAUGCCCUGAGACAGAUGUGGCUCAGCAGCAGAAAACAGCACCUGAGAACAGGCACUUAGGGGCAUGGAGGAACAGGAGGAGGUCUGCAUGUGCCACCCCACCCCAUUACACUCUGUGCCACACUGCUGCCUGCAUCCCCCUGGGCAUCACUGCCAGCUCUGGCUGCUUGCUGGAGGGCUCCACCAGCACAGUCAUCACCUGUCUGGGAGCAGCAUGGGGGCAUCAAGGGGUCCCCUCCUCCUUCCCAGGGAGAGUAGCCUCAGUAUGGGCUGCAGGGAACUGCAGGGGGGGCAGCGCUCUGUGGCAUCCCCCUCCCACCCUCUGUGCCCCCACAAGCACUGCUGGGCUGUGGGAGAGGCUGUGGUCCAGCCACAGCAUCAGCAGCUUCCCGUUCCAGAGCAGCCUGAGGCUUCUGGACUGCCAAGGGGUCUCCUUCUCCCAUGGUCCCUGAAAUGCCAGCCCCAUGGGAUUUCAGCAGUCAGCUUCAAAUGGGAAACAAAUCUCUCCUGUGAUUUGGGAAAAGACAACCAAUCUCAGAGGGGACUGCAUCUUCUGCCAAAACAAGGCCUGCCUGCUGCAAAAGCCUUUGAUUCCCCCGCGCCUCCGUGCUUUCUGCAGAGGGAGUCAGCAAACCUGGCUCUUACUUUUACUGAAAUCUCUGAAUUUAGUAUACAGGGAAGGAAGGGGCGGUGGUGAGAGAACAGACUCUAAAGCACCGUGACUGCCAGAACCCUGUGUUGCUGUGUGAGGGUGAAGCCAGUGGCGAGUCCCUGCUCCAGCCCUGAUGCCACGGACAGCCCCGGGGGCAGCAGCAGCAUGGGUGGGCUCCAUGGCUAUGGGAUGGAGAUUAAAAUACUGUGGGCACUGGGUGCUGUGGGCACGGUGGGCUCAUGGGUGGCUGCUUUUGGCAGUGCUCUUGGCUGGAGGUUGGGAUCUGUCAUCACCCCUGAUGCUGCUGUGUGGGCUGGGGGCUCAGCUUGGAGCUGGCCUUGGCUCUAUCUGCCCAGCUCAGCCUCUCUAUGCCAGGUGACAUCCCUGGCUCUUUCCCCCUCCAUGAUAUUUUAGGGCUGUCAAGCUCUUCCCCUUCAGGCUGUUCUGGACUGAUGCUGCCAGAGGGGCCAGCCCUGUGCCCACCCCAUGCCAGUGCACCCCUGGGAGUGCUGUGGGGAGAGCAGUCCCUGUGCCUCUCCUUGUGCCCUGGGAUCUGUGUCACUUGUGUCUGUCCUGAGGGUUCUGGGUCACUGUGGGAUAUACUGCACCUGCUCACUUUGCCGUGCUCAGGGGAUUUUCCUAAGGGCUGGGGGGCACAGGCAGGCUCAUGCCCCUUCUCCCCCUGCAGCACUGACUGCCCUGUCCCUGUCAUGCCUUGCGUCCCACAGACCCAUCAGCUUUUCCCUUUGCUUUUCCAGGUGCUGAGGGCUCUGCCGGGGUGGCACGACCUCUCUCCCACCGACACCACGCUGUGCCACCCCCCACCACCCAAUGCCUGGGGACUGCCUGCCCUCACCUUGACGGGUGGCAGCGGGUGACACGGGGUGGUGUGGGUCCCCCGGCCAGCACCAGCACACCCCAUGGCGGUCCCCUUGGCCGCCUGGCUGGGGCUGAUGCACCUGGCCACCUGUCUGGCUGCUGGGCACGGCAUGGCUGGCAAGAAGGAGAUCAGCAUGGAUGGGGACCUGGUGAUUGGGGGCCUCUUCCCUGUCCAUGAGAAAGGAGUGGGGAGUGAAGACUGCGGCAAGAUCAAUGAACACCGGGGCAUCCAGCGCCUGGAGGCCAUGCUCUUCGCCCUGGACGAGAUCAAUAAGGACGGGAGCAUCCUGCCAGGGGUGAAGCUGGGUGCUCACAUCCUCGACACCUGUUCCAAGGACACCUAUGCCCUAGAGCAGUCCCUUGACUUCGUCCGUGCCUCCCUUACCAGGGUGGACGGUUCUGAGCACAUCUGCCCUGAUGGCUCCUACGCCGUCCACGAUGAUGUUCCCACGGCCAUCACCGGUGUCAUCGGGGGCUCCUACAGUGACGUUUCCAUCCAGGUGGCCAACCUGCUGCGGCUCUUCCAGAUCCCACAGAUCAGCUAUGCCUCCACCAGUGCCAAGCUCAGUGACAAGUCCCGCUAUGACUACUUUGCCCGCACCGUCCCACCAGACUUCUACCAAGCCAAAGCCAUGGCAGAGAUCCUCCGCUUCUUCAACUGGACCUACGUCUCCACUGUGGCCUCAGAGGGUGACUAUGGGGAGACGGGGAUCGAGGCCUUUGAGCAAGAAGCCCGCAUGCGCAACAUCUGCAUCGCCACCUCGGAGAAGGUGGGGCGCUCCAUGAACAAGAAGACCUACGAUGGCGUGGUCCGGGCUCUGCUGCAGAAGCCCAAUGCCAGAGUGGUCGUGCUAUUCACCCGAAGUGAAGAUGCCCGGGAGCUGCUGACAGCCGCCCAGAGAGCCAAUGUGUCCUUCAUGUGGGUGGCCAGUGAUGGGUGGGGAGCCCUGGAGAGCGUGGUGGCCGGGAGCGAAGCAGUGGCAGAGGGAGCCAUCACCAUCGAACUGGCAGCCUACCCCAUUAAGGAGUUUGCUUCCUACUUCCGUAACCUCCACCCCUACAAUAACAGCCGAAAUCCCUGGUUUCGGGAGUUUUGGGAGCAGAAGUUUAGGUGCAGCUUCCACACACAGGACUGCAGCCGGUACUCCCUCAAGACAGGCAAGUUUGAGCCAGAGUCCAAGAUCACCUUUGUGGUCAAUGCAGUCUAUGCCAUGGCUCACUCUCUUCACAACAUGCACCGGACAUUGUGCCCCAACUCCACCAAGCUCUGUGAUGCCAUGAAGCCUGUAAAUGGCAAGAGGUUUUACAAGGACUUUAUACUCAAUGUUAAUUUUGAUGCUCCAUUCAGGCCAGCAGACACCGAGAGCGUUGUUCGAUUUGACCGCUACGGUGAUGGGAUCGGGCGCUACAACAUCUUCAAUUACCACUAUGUGGACGGGCGGUAUCGGUACCAGAAAGUGGGCUACUGGGCAGAGGGGCUCAUCCUCGACACCAGCCUCAUCCCCUGGGCUGAGACCUCCAUUCCUGUGUCCCAGUGCAGCGAUCCCUGCAAGAAGAAUGAGAUCAAGAGCAUGCAGCCUGGAGACAUUUGCUGCUGGAUCUGCAUCCCCUGCCAGCCCUACGAGUACCUGCUGGAUGAGUUCACCUGCAUGGACUGUGGUCUUGGUUACUGGCCCAACGAGACCCUGAAUGGCUGCUACGAGCUACCCCAAGAGUACAUCCGCUGGAAAGACGUCUGGGCCAUUGGUCCCGUCACUAUCUCUUGCCUGGGUUUUAUCUCCACCCUCUUCGUUAUCGGAGUCUUCGUGAAGAACAAUGACACUCCCAUAGUGAAGGCCUCUGGACGAGAGCUGUGCUACAUUCUGCUGACUGGGGUCCUCAUGUGCUACAGCAUGACCUUCAUCUUCAUCGCAAAGCCCUCCACCGGGGUGUGCACGCUGCGGCGCCUGGGGCUGGGCACGUCCUUCGCCGUCUGCUACUCGGCCCUCUUGACCAAGACGAACCGCAUCGCCAGGAUCUUCAGCGGGGUGAAGGAGGGGGUCCAGCGCCCCCGCUUCAUAAGCCCAACAUCACAGGUGGUCAUCUGCAUGGCCCUCAUCUCUUGCCAGCUGAUCAUCGUCAUCAUCUGGCUCCUGGUGGAGACCCCUGGCACGGGCAAGGAAACUGAGCCUGACAAGAGGUACAUUGUCACCCUCAAGUGCAACAACCGUGACUCCAACAUGCUCAUUUCGCUCACCUAUAAUGUCCUCUUGAUUGUCCUCUGCACGGUCUACGCCUUCAAGACACGGAAAUGUCCGGAAAACUUCAACGAGGCCAAGUUCAUUGGGUUCACCAUGUACACGACCUGCAUCAUCUGGCUGGCCUUCCUGCCCAUCUUCUACGUGACCUCCAGCGACUACCGUGUCCAGACCACCACCAUGUGCAUCUCGGUGAGCCUCAGCGGCACCGUGGUCCUCGGCUGCCUCUUCACCCCCAAGCUCCACAUCAUACUCUUCCAGCCGCAGAAGAACGUGGCCAGUCACCGCGUGGGCACCGCUCGGUUCAGCGUGGCAGCAGCCAGCUCCAGCCAGUCCCAUGGUUCAGCCUCGCCAUACGUGCCCACGGUGUGCAACGGGCGUGAGGUGGUGGAUUCCACAACGUCAUCCUUGUGAAGGACGGAGGCCAGGCUGUGGUGCUGCCACAUGGCACCCCCACUGCUUCCCCAGGGAGAGCAGUGCCUGCAGCACGGCCCACUGAGGUGCCAGGUGCAGCUGGGAGGCUCAGUCCCUGCCCCAGCACAAGCUACACAUCCCUCAUGUCGGGUCAUGGUACGUGUCACCCUUCCCUUGCACUAAGCCACGUUACAUGUACCCUGUCCUCCACCCACGAGCCAUGGUGAACAUCCCCACUCUGAGCUGAGCCACGGCGCACGUCCCCAGCCCUCGCACUGAGCCACGGCACACGUCCCUCUCUGUCACCCGCACUGAGCCAUUGUGCACCUCAACCCCUGCACUGAGCCAUGGAGAAUGUCCCCCCAUCCCUUGCACUGAGCCGUAGUGCACAUCGCACGGACCUCGCACUGAGCUGUGGCACAAAUACCCUCUCCUUGUCCCUUGCACUGAGCCCUGGUGCAGACCUGCCUGCACCGAGCCAUGGGGCGCAUCCUCUGCCCCUUGCCCCCAGUCCCAGCGCACAACUCGACUCCCUCUCGCCAAGCCACGUUCCACCUCUUGCUUUUCGCUUGUGCCAAUCGCUGUGCCUCCCACUCCCUCGCUGUGGUGCCUCACACUGCCCUCUCCCCAUCGCCCACCCCACCUUCCCAGCGCCAUGCCUUUCCCAUCACCCUCUGUGCCAAGCCUUGCACCACAUCACCCUUUCCCUAGUGCUUUGCCUUUUCCCCUUUUCCUCCUGGUUUUGGCCUCAGGAGAGCCACUGAGCGUGGCUGGGCCGGGCCCAAGCCCCCACAUCACUUCCCUUACUGUGUGUGGCGCUUCUCAUCCCCUUGUGGGAGACAGGGCAGAAGCAGGGGCAGACAAAUGCCCGCUGACCCCAGCCCCUGCAGAGCCCCGGGGGGCGUUGGAGGCUCAGGGCAAGCACCAGGACCCAGGUAUUUGAGCCCAACCAAGUUUUUAAGAGUAGACUUUUUCUGUGAAUGAAAGUGUGAUUAUUUUUUUUUUUUUGUAAUUUAUGUAAAUAAAGUGGUUUUGGUGUUGUUUUUUUUACAAAA